AUGUCGCCGCUGACAAACCUUCCGUUGGACCUCUCCGCUACCUCCGACGGCCAGUCCGAAGCGAGCCUUCCCGUCACUUCCUCGCCUCAAAUCCGAGCAGAAGAUAUCGAGUUACCUCCAUCUCCUUCAGACCUCGAACAUGAACCUGAACCAAGCUCCUCCCCUUCACCUAGAUCGUCCCCAUCGACGAGUGUCGAGACGCUUCCGAAACACGCCCAUUUUCUCUCACACAACAUUACGCCCUCUAGACCUCGUGCUGCAUCUCCUCCCAGAAGGGUGAGGCCACUAUCGGUAGGAGGCGUGGCCCACGCGCCGCCAAUGCAAAGAGCCCACUCAUCGCCUGGUGUUGACGCCUCGGGACGAUACAUUACUCCUUACGGUGUCCCGAGAAGACCGUCUUCACCACUACAUUCAGGAAGAAGAAGGAGCCCGCUACGGGCAGCUGUGGAAGAGCCAUAUCCCGGCGUUCCAUCCUGGAGCGGACUCAGUAUUGAACCGAACAUACCGGAAAAUGAGGAGCUUGAGUUGUCAGUAGACGCGGAUGCGUCCCAUCCCUCGCCCAUGACAUCCUUCUCCAACACCUUCCCAAGAGCGCGGCGGAGAGGUGCACAGCCGCUUCACCAGAGUGCAAGCGCCCCAUCUCUCUAUGCGAGAGCCAUGAGCCCUAGCGUAUCGGGAAGGACAUCACCGUCGCCGGCCUUUGCCCCGCAGAAGUACACCUAUGAGCCAUACCCGAUGUAUUCUCUCAGCUCUGCUUCGAGCAUGCCCAGUACCCCAACAUCGCUGCGAUCUCGGUCGCCAUCCAUCAGCUCGUUGGAGACAAUAGAGGACGCACCAGAUGCGGAAGAGGCGGCUGUGCUUGAAGAAGAGGAAGCCAAGUUGAGAGGAGAGGACGGCGAUGCAAGCGACCUGCGGCGAAGAAGUUCUCUCGAGAUUCGAGGGGGCAAUCUGAGGAGCAACAAGGAACGCAAGCGAUGGUCGGUCUGUGGCGCGGAACGAAGGGCGGACUUCUCUUUGGAACCCAUCGAAGAAUGA